UAUAAAUAGUCAUCUCCCCAUAGGAAAAUGGCCCAAGAGUCCUAAAAACAACAGAAAAGACUUAGUAAAAUAUGUGGAAGUCGCCAUCAUCUUCCUCUUCCCUCAACAUUCAUCUAUUUCUAUUUGUUUUGAUCAUCAACCAACAUGUUACUGUUUCAUCACAGCCACUUCAUACAAAAUCAAGAUGGAUAGUGAACUCAACAGGGCAAAGAGUGAAACUGGCAUGUGUAAAUUGGGUGUCACAUAUGGAUGUUAUGGUGGCAGAAGGGCUAAACCAACAGCCAGUGGAUGCAAUAUCUCAAGCUAUUAUCAACAUGGGUUUUAAUUGUGUUAGACUUACUUGGCCUCUCUUCUUGUUUACUAAUGAAUCUUUGGGAUCAAUAACUGUAAGACAAUCUUUCAAGAACCUUGGACUGUUUGGUUCCAUUGUUGGUCUUCAAGCUAACAAUCCUUCCAUUGUUGAUCUCUCUGUCCUCGAUGCUUAUCAGGCAGUGGUGGCUAGCAUUGCAAAAAACAAUGUAAUGAUCAUAUUAGAUAAUCACAUAAGCAAGCCUGGCUGGUGCUGCAGCAGAUUCGAUGGCAAUGGUUUCUUUGGAGAUAAGUACUUUGACCCUGACCUCUGGCUCCAAGGCCUUACCAAAGUAGCCACUAUUUUCAAGGGUACUAACAAUGUAGUAGGCAUGAGCUUACGAAAUGAACUUCGUGGACCUCUACAAAAUGCUCAUGAUUGGUACAGGUACAUGCAGAAAGGAGCUGAAGCAGUGCAUGAAGCUAAUCCCAAUGUUCUUAUUAUUCUAUCCGGCCUAAGUUUCGACAAGGAUCUUUCUUUCUUGCACAAAAGACCAGUAAACUUGACAUUCAGUGGCAAGCUAGUUUAUGAGAUUCAUCGAUACGGUUUCACAGAUGGAGAUACUUGGUCAGGAGACAAUGCAAACCAAGCAUGCGGACUAGUGUUGAAUGACAUGGUGAGCAAAGGAACAUUUGUGUUAGAACAAGGCUACCCAUUGUUUGUGAGCGAGUUUGGAGUGGAUCAAAGAGGCACUAAUGUGAAUGACAAUAGGUAUUUCAAUUGCUUUCUUGGGCUGGCAGCUGAACUUGACUUUGAUUGGGCACUCUGGACACUUGUUGGGAGCUAUUAUUUGAGAGAUGGGGUUGUGGGACUGAAUGAGUACUAUGGGGUUUUAGAUUGGAACUGGCGUGAUAUCAGGAACUCAAGCUUUCUGGAAAGAAUCUCAGCCAUUCGCUCUCCAUUCCAAGGACCAGGAUAUACCGAGACUCGUCUCCAUAAAGUGAUUUUCCAUCCAAAGACGGGGCUUUGUGUUCGAAGAACCUCAUUUCUGCAGCCAUUGGAGUUAGUUUCAUGCUCUGAGGCUGCAGCAUGGAGGUAUGCUCCCCAAAAAACACUGACAGUCAUCGGAACUUACUUUUGCCUGCAAGCAGAUAAGCUUGGGGAGCCAGCAAAACUUGGUAUAACAUGCAGUGAUGACAGCUCAAAAUGGGAAAUCAUCUCGGACUCUAAGAUGCACCUGUCUUCUAAGCUACAAGAUGCUACUAGUGUUUGCUUGGAUGUUGAUUCCAACAAUGUUAUUGUCACACAAACAUGCAAGUGUCUGAGCACAAAUGACACAACAUGUGAUCCUGGAAGUCAGUGGUUCAAAAUUAUUGACAGCACAAGGGUGACAAAAACAACAAAAUCCUUUCUUCAAAUCAAACCAAUCAUUCGUUUUCUAGCAAGGAGUUUCUUUGGAAGCUACAUCUGAUAACACAGAGUACUUCAUUUAGACAUGCAAUUGAAGAUUGUUCAACACUUAAAAUACUCAUGUAAUUGUUUGACACUAAUAGUUCACGAAUGGAUUUUAUCA